AUGGGCCCCCCUUCGACGUAUACUGCCAGCUGGACAUGGAGGACGAACGCCGUCGCCGUGCGCCAAGGUGGCUUGAUGGAGGCGACGCAAACCACGCGACGGACGCGGCUGCAGUUUCAGCACGGCAACGAACAGAUACGGAGGCGGCCUCGACGCCGACGAAAACGAAAAAAGGGACUGGCUGUCGAUCAACGGGCUAGCUCUCGGCUGAUGGGCGACUUGGCCUGGCUUGGAUCCCGUCUGGGCAACGGCAACACAAAGACACAGGCACACAGAGAGAAACAGGCCCCGGUGCCCGAGCACGCCGAGCGCCAUCUCGCGUGGCCGCCUCGAAAGCCGCACAGCAAGAACCCAUGGCUAGCGUUUGCAGGGAUUCUCAUUCUCACCAGCGUAAGCGUACCCGUCCCGCCGAGACGAAGAAGCACAAUCCACACAUCCACACUUCCACACUUCCACUUGCAGGCAUUCCACGCAGCCGUGACCCCAAACCCCGCAGCCCAGCGGCGUCCACAGAGUCGAGAUGGACAGAUCCGAGACCCCAGGUGCCAAGUUUGCAGAGGCCACCCAGUGAGAGGGGGCGAGCGAGCAUGGCCCAAUUGCCUCCUCUCCCACUCUCUCCUUUCUCCCACUCCCCCACUCCCCCACCCCCCCCGAGACAACAACGGCGGGUCCGCGGCGCCAUCCCAUCCCAUCCCAACCCCAUCUCCAUCCAUCCAGCAAGGUAACAUCUAA